GAGGCAGCUGCUGCAGCGCUUCCGCGCGCGCUUCUACGAGCUGCCGACCGCCGCGCGCGUCGCAAUCGACGCCUUCCUCACCGUCUCCAACAAGGAGAUUGUCGGCGCAAAGGCGAUGUUCCUCGCCUACGAAGACCCGUUCGAGAAGUACCGCGCCCUCCUCUUCGAGUACGCCCACACCUUGGGCCACGCCGUCGAGGCUUGGCUCGCCGGCGCCAUCGACACCGCGCGCGCGUCCGGCGUGGCCGCAGACAUCGCUGCCGUGCGAAACCACGGCCAGUGCGUGGGCAUGGCUGUGGUGUGGGCGGGCGCCAUCGCAGCCGAGCUGGGCGCGCUCGAGGGGGACGGGUACGGCAUGGUCUACCUCUUCAACUCGUUCGGCGGCUUCUCCUUUGGGCCCGUCCGCGCGCUCUGCGACGCGCUCGGCGUCUCCAAGCCCGACUUCCUCCGCGAGGUUCUGGCGGGUGUGCGGCUCGACAACAAGCGCGGCUACUGCGAGUGCGGCGAUGACGCGUCGGUCGACCAGCUCGUCACUCACCGGCCGGGCCGCAUGCUCGGGUCAGAGGAUCCAAACGCAGAGGCAACCCUCGUCUUUUAAGUGCCGUAGAAACGUCUCGUAUCCCUUCUAGCAUACGUCCGAGUGGCCAGUCCCCCGCCACGCGGCCCCUCGAGCUCCCCACGCCGCCUGGCGCGUGCCAGCGUAUCAAUCGUGGGGGCGGCGCGGCGGACCUCACGCAGGCGCUGCCCUCACUCAGCGGCCGCGAUCCCCCCCCCCCCCCCCCCCCUUCCAGGUGCGGUACAUGGUGGUGGUCAGCGAGGAGCUGCAGCGGCGCGCCCUCGAGCGCGCCUUCGAGCUCGAGUUCGACCUCGUCGCGCACCUCGACGGCGGCGAGAUCGCCUUCAAGCCGCUCGCCUCCCACCCCCGCCCGCUCGGCGUGGGCGCGCCCAUCGCCGCGCAGGCGCGCCGGCUGAUCCGCCCGAGCUGCGACGCAGACGCGG